AUGGCCCCGAUGGACCCUAAGAAGGCGGAGCAGCCCGCGGGCCCGCCUAAACUCUCCGAUGUAAAGGAACUCAUCGACGAGAGCACAUUCGAUCAGAUCCUGGAAAUGGAUGAUGACGACGACCGCGAUUUCAGCAAGGGUAUUGUCUACGGCUUCUUCGACCAGGCCCAGACUACUUUUACCAAGAUCGAGAAGGCGAUCGAGGAGAAGAAGCUGGAGGAACUCUCACAGCUGGGCCACUUCCUGAAGGGAUCAUCCGCCACCCUGGGCCUCACAAACGUCAAGGAUGGAUGCGAAAAGAUCCAGCACUUCGGCGCCGGAAAGGAUGAAUCCGGCACCGCCGAUGAGCCGGAUGAGAGCGUCUCCCUCAAGAAUAUUGACAAGACCCUGAAGGAAGUGAAGGUCGAAUACGCCAAGGUCGAGAAGUUCCUGCGCCGAUUCUACGGCGAGGAAGUGAAGGAGGAGCCGGUGCCUAAGGAAGAGAAGGACGUGGAGAAGAAGGAUGAGGAGAAGAAGGAGAAAGAGAGCGAGAAUAAGCAAGAUAAGAAGGAAGAGAAGAAGGAGGAGAAGAAGGACGACUCGAAGAAAUAA